AUGGCCGGCACAGGCGGCAACAAGCUCGCCGUCGUGCUGCUCAACGAGGAGGGCGACCGAUUCAAUGCCUCGAGCAUCGCGCAAGGUCAACUCGGCGGGCGGGCGGCAGCUGACGAGCUGCACCGCAUUGCUGGCGCCGAGGUCCAGUCGGCGGGAGGAGGGACGGGCGAGGCGGUCGUGCAUCUCGUGACGUGCACCUACGCCGGGAGCAAGGUCGCGGCGCAGGACCAGUGGCUGUCGGGCUUUGGGUCGUCGAGUCAGCUGUGCCACCUUUCGUUGCCCCUCGAUGACGGGCGUGGAGCUGCCGGCCGGAUCCUGCAGCUCCUCACGCUGUACCUUCCUCUCGCCUCUGUGUCGACCAUCUUCCUCGGCUCGAUCCACACGGACUAUCUCGCGCCCUACCUCGAGGGCAUGCCGCCGCGCCUGCGCGCCAAGAUCCAGCUCGUCGAGACGGUGACGGUCGCGCCGGGCGUCGCCGACCUCGUCCAGUCGGGCCUCCUCAAGCUCACGAGCGCGUUCAAGGGCCUGUUUGGCGAGAUCGACUCGAGCGGCCAAGACGACGUCAAGGUCGACUGGAUGGGCGUCGAGGAGCUCGAGGCGCAGCUUGCCGAGCUCGAUGUCGAGCCGCACAGUCCUUCUUACUCGAGUACGCCUGAGCCUGUCGCCGUCCCGGCACCGGCGUCGGCGCCGCCAGCCCCGCCCCGUGCUGUGACGCCCGUGGCUCCUGUCGCCCCGGCGCCUCGUCCCGCCCCGACGCAGGAGCAGGCGCAAGCCUACCUCGCCAAGACGGCGCCGUCGGCCAACAAGCCCGAGCGGCCUCUGCUCAUCGCGCACCAGAAGCAGGACCGCUUCGCCGUCGACAAGCUCCCCGCAUACCCGACGAAAGCGUUCAAGUGCCGCAACUUCCGGUUCGACCCCGACAAGCGCCCGUGCAACCUCUUCUGGCUGUCGCCCGACGGGUGCCCGCACGCCGACUGCACCUACGACCACAACACGCCGUUCUCGUUCGAGGACUUCAAGAUGUACCGCCUGUGGGUCAAGACGACCAUCUGCGCCGACAUGCAGCGCCGCAAGCGGUGCAAGCUGUCCGACGCCGAGUGCUCGCACGGUCACCGGUGCCAGUACACGCUCGACGAGUGCCCGCACGUCCGCAAGGGCAAGUGCCAUUACGAGCAGGCCGGUAUGCCUCACUCGGAGCCCGCCAACGCCCGGCGGUGGUGAGCGACACGCGGCGGAUGAGGGAGCGAGGGGAAUGGCGGCGAGCGAGGUGGGCGAGGAGGAGGAGGAGGGUCCGAGCGGGAGGAAAUCGAGACGCAGCGCUUUUUCGC